CAAAACCCUGAGAAAAGCCCUAUCGCUGGUUGACGCUUCUUCUCGCGCCGCCACCUCGAGCCAGAGCGGCGUGGGAUUCGAUCUCUUCCGAGCAUGGCACUCUACCUUCUCUUCGAGUCAGCCUCUGGCUACUCGCUUUUCAAUGCCUACGGCCUCGACGAGAUCGGCCAGAACACGGAGGCCGUCCGGAACUCCGUUCUUGAUCUGACUCGGUUCGGGAAGGUCGUCAAGCUCGCUGCUUUCCAUCCCUUCUCCUCCGCGCUCGACGCACUCAACCAGUGCAACGCCAUUUCCGAAGGGCUUAUGACCGAGGAGUUGAGGAAUUUCUUGGAGCUGAAUCUUCCCAAGGUGAAAGACGGGAAGAAGGCAAAGUUCAGCCUUGGUGUCGCGGAGCCCAAGGUCGGGUCGCAAAUAUUCGAGCUGACUAAGAUUCCUUGCCAGAGCAACGAGUUUGUGCUUGAGCUCCUUCGCGGUGUGAGGUUGCAUUUUGAUAGGUUUAUCAAGGACUUAAAGCCUUCCGACUUAGAAAAGGCUCAGCUUGGUCUGGGGCAUAGUUAUAGCAGAGCCAAGGUAAAGUUCAAUGUUAAUCGGGUGGAUAACAUGGUCAUCCAGGCUAUUUUCCUUCUGGAUACCUUGGAUAAAGAUAUUAACUCGUUCUCAAUGAGAGUCAGAGAGUGGUAUUCUUGGCAUUUUCCAGAGCUAGUCAAGAUCAUCAAUGACAAUUAUCUGUAUGCCAAAAUUGCAAAGUUUGUGGAGGAUAAAUCUGACCUGUCUGAGAAUCAUAUUCCUGAACUAUCAGAAUUAAUCGGAGACGAAGAGAAAGCAAAAGAAAUUGUAGAAGCAGCUAAAGCAUCCAUGGGACAAGAUCUGUCUCCAAUUGACUUGAUUAACGUCCAGCAAUUUGCUCAGAGGGUUAUCAAUCUUUCUGAAUACCGGAAGAAGCUCUACGAGUAUCUUGUUACAAAGAUGAAUGAUAUUGCUCCUAAUCUGGCUUCUCUUAUUGGUGAAGUAGUUGGGGCUCGUUUGAUGUCUCAUGCGGGGAGUCUUUCCAAUCUAGCCAAGUGCCCUUCGUCUACACUCCAGAUACUCGGCGCAGAGAAAGCACUUUUCAGGGCCCUUAAAACUCAAGGAAAUACUCCAAAAUACGGACUCAUCUUCCAUUCAUCCUUUAUUGGCCAAGCAUCUGCUCGAAAUAAGGGUCGUAUAGCACGCUAUCUUGCAAACAAGUGCUCCAUUGCAUCCCGAAUUGACUGCUUCUCUGAGGUGAAUACUUCUAUUUUUGGACAGAAGCUUCGUGAGCAGGUUGAGGAGAGACUCGACUUCUACGACAAAGGUGUUGCACCUCGGAAGAAUGUUGAUGUGAUGAAAGUUGCCAUAGAGAGUUCCUUGAACAAUGCCACAGAGAAGGAUGCUGAUGGACAGAUAGAUGAGGCCUCUGUAAAGAAAAGUAAGAAGAAGAAAUCUAAAGGUGAGAAUGAAGACGGAGAAUCCAUGGCAGUCGACGAACCGAUCCAAUUUGUUACAGAUGGAGAGCCAGAAACGGAGAAGAAGAAGAAGAAAAAGAAACAGAAGUUGGAGGAACAGCUAAAGAAUGAUGUCUUGGGCGAGUCGGAUGGUCAUGAAGCAGAACAGAAUGGAACUGCAAAGAAGAAAAAGAAAACGAGCUAUGACGAUCUAGGCAAUGAUGCAGAGGCGCAGAAUGGGACUGAAGGAAAGAAGAAGAAGAAAAAGAAGAGUAAAUCACACGAUGAGUAGAACUUACCACCCAGAUAUAAACUUCCCUGAGAUUUGGUUAUCAACUAGAAAAUUUUGAAGCAUGAUGUUGUUUCAGAAAGGACUCAUUAAUCUUUAGAAGUUCAUACUGAGCCAUUGAACUUGUGGGACUUCAGUUGAAUUUGUUGGUUCAUGGUAUUUUCAGUUAAGCGAUAUGUGAGUAUGAUUACAUAUUGAUUUAGAACUACAUAAGGCAAUUUAUGAGAUCUUUAAACCAGUGUGUUGAAACAGAUGAAUAUUAUUGUCAUUUAGAGGAGUUCGUCAUUCAA